UUAACAACCGGUUUUUUUUUUUAAGUUUUAAAUUUAGUACGUACUAGGGCCUAAGUAUGCUACUUUAAAUUGGACAUAAAAUUAGUUCAAUGUUUGUUGGGGUUUUUUUGUGGGGUGUUUUUCUUUUUUUUUUCUUUUUUUCUUUUUUAUCAUGUCACAAAAAGAAAAAUGUGCUCAAGCAACUAUUUUUUUAAUAAUUUAUCAUCUCACUAAAUAUUUAAUAUUUAAAUGACUGUUUCAACGUUUAAAACAGAAGAAUAGAAAAUGGCUAUGGGGUAUGUCCAUGAGUCACUGUGAUAUCGAUUUUGUCUCCGCGACAGUCGGAGAAGAUCGCUGGUUGUCGAGCGAAUGCCGAGAAGUCGCCCGACACAACAGCCGUCCAGAAAGCAGCAUUCUCGGCGCAUGCGUCGUAACUUCAAAGCAGCCGCUUUUACUUCAGUAAACAUGACUUGAGGCUUUUGUCGAGUUGUUUCACUGUAACAACUGUUAUCCCGAGGAGACUACCGGAACAUCGACGUGUUUCUUCAAAGACUUUCACUUCUAAUCGUGGACAAUGUUACAGACACGCUCGAGUUUUUAGUCACCCAUCGCCCGAAGGUAGCCGAAGUGUUCUCCGUAACUCUUUCACAAACUGCGACAAAGUUCUCACUGAAACAUGGGCAAGCGUAAAUAGAUUUAAAGGAGCACGAUCACAUUUUGUUGUGAUCAAUGUCAGAUUUUUGUGUCAUUGGCCUUGUUGGCAGAUACUGUGUUGACGACUGUUAUAGUAAUGGUGAGAGUGUCCUCGUAGUUAGGCCUACGCUGUGAUGCGUUUACAGUGUCUUAGAGUGAUGCAGGGUCGGCAUGUUGUUAAUGGACUGGGUAUCGUUUGUGUGUUGGCAGUUCUUGGCUGUAUGCAUCUUUUGGCAGAAGUGUCCAGACUGGAUGAGGCCCGAAUUAAACUGGAGAAAGCCGUAACGAAGUUACAGCUGGAUAACAUGGACAUCACGCGUCGACAUCUUUCAUUUGCAAAUGUACAGGACAUCGUUGAGCCGAAUGAUGAUGACACGGUGGUGAUCUACAACCGUGUGCCGAAGACGGGCAGCACUUCGUUCGCUGGCAUCGCCUACGAACUGUGUCAGAAAAACAAGUUCCACGUCCUGCAUAUCAACAUCACCAAAAACGCCAGAACGCUGUCCCUAUCAGACCAGAUGCGCUUUGUGACAAACAUCACGUCAUGGAAUGAAAAGAAGCCUGCAUUGUACCAUGGUCAUCUGGCCUACAUUGACUUUUCUAGUUUUGGCAUACAGAAGAAGCCUAUUUAUAUUAACAUUGUGAGGGAUCCGCUGGAUCGACUAGUUUCUUAUUAUUAUUUUGUCCGCUAUGGAGACGACUUCCGCCCAUUCCUAAAGAGAAGAAAAGCUGGUAACAAAGAGACAUUUGACCAGUGUGUAGAGCGAAGUGGUGAAGACUGCAGUCCUGAAAAUCUGUGGAUGCAGAUUCCGUUUUUCUGCGGUCAUUCUGCAGAGUGCUGGAAUCCCGGCAGCAGGUGGGCCCUGGAGGAGGCGAAACACAACCUGGUCCACAACUACCUGGUCGUUGGGGUAACAGAGGAGCUGGGAGACUUCAUUGCUCUCUUAGAGGCCACCUUCCCCCGCUUCUUCAGGGGGGCGGUCCAGCUUUAUAACUCAGGUAGAAAAUCACAUCUGCGGAAAACCUCCAAAAAGAUUACACCAAAGCCAGAAACUAUAGCUAAAAUUCAGGAAUCGACCAUUUGGAAAAUGGAAAAUACAUUUUAUGAAUUUGCUCUUCAGCAGUUUCAUUAUGUGAAGCAUCAGACAUUUGACUUGCUGGACGGAGAGUAUGUGGAAAAGGAAAACCGAUUCAGCUACGAGAAAGUGCGGCCGAGAUAGUCGUCAACAUUAGCAAUAGAAACAACUUGCAAUAUAUCAUUAGAUCAUGAUGUGAAAACAUUGCCACCGGACUGAAAGUUAACAUGUCAUGGGUUUUCAUACUUGAUUAGUCAGUGCUGUAAGAAACGUUUCGACAUGUAGAUUUAAUUACGAAAAGACAUGGUAAGAUGGAUUAUAAAACACUUUGUCACUAGAAAGAAUGGCUUGACGUGUCACAGGCUGAUAUAUAUAUGAUGAAACGGUGAUAAUGAGUCACGCCAUUGGAAAGUAAAACGUUAAACGGGUAUUCUAUGAUGUAUAUCUAUUUAUUUUUUAUUCAUUUCUUUUAGAUUGUCAUGUAAUCGAGUUUCUGUGAAGUAUGACAAAUGUUGUACAAACAUAUAUUUUGGGAUUCAGUUUCACUUAUUUUGUAGGUGUAUAUUUAUGUCGGCUUCAUUUCUUCAUAACUUAUAAAUAAAUGUGAUCUUUGAAAGCACA